GCCUCACGCAGCUCCUGCCCUGGGAGAGGCUGGGCUGGGCGCUGUGGUGGAAGGGCCUCUAGGGCGUUUUAGAACCGGCCUCAAGCGAUGCAAGAGGGAGGUUAAAACCCGUGUUAAUUUAAAACAAGCGGAGCGCCGGGGGUGUGGAAGGGGCCUUGAGUCCUUGUCCGUCCUCGGAAGUGACGGGCUGGGGGGGCCGCCGGCUCCUCCUGCCGGUAGGGAAAUAUUAACCCGGGGUGCUGCUGUCAUCUGGGGAUAAGGCAGGUUAGAAAGUUCCUUGCAGAAAACAGUUCACGACUUAAAUAGGCGCAAAACGACAAUGCAAAUUCCCAUUUUUACGGUUGAUGCCUUUACAAACCGGCCAUUUUCUGGAAAUCCUGCGGCAGUUUGUCUGCUUGAAAAUGAUUUGGAUGAAGAUUUGCACCAAAAAAUCGCAACAGAAAUGAACCUUUCAGAAACUGCUUUCAUCAAAAAACUGCACCCGAAAGAUGACUUUACCAAAAGUUCCUGCUUUGGACUCAGAUGGUUCACCCCAGCCAAUGAAGUUCCUCUCUGUGGUCAUGCUACACUUGCAGCAUCUGCUGUGUUGUUUCAUAUACAAAAAAACACAAAUUCAGUUCUCACAUUUGUGACAUUGAGUGGGGAAUUAAAAGCCAGACAAGUGGAAGAUUAUAUUGUCCUUGACUUACCACUUUACGUAACCUACCCACAGGUACUUCAGGAAGUAGAAGAGUUAAUAAAGGCAGCCGUUGGUGACAUGAUUGUUCAAGACCUGCGUUACUCUCCUGACACAAAGAAACUCUUAGUCCGCCUCAGUGAUGCUUAUGACAGGUCUGUGUUGGAAGGACUGCAAGUGAGCGCACAACGCUUUUUGUCAGCUGAAAAGACAGGAAAAGUGAAAGGACUCAUACUCACUCUUAAGGGAAAUUCCAGUGGAAAAGAGAAAGGCCAUGAUUUUUACUCCAGAUAUUUUGCACCUUGGUAUGGAGUUCUGGAAGACCCUGUUACAGGAUCUGCCCAUGCUGUUUUAAGCAGCUACUGGUCAGAGCAGCUGGGGAAGAAAGAGAUGCUCGCUUUUCAGUGUUCCCGCCGUGGAGGAGAGUUGAAGAUUUCACUGCGUAAUGAUGGAAGAGUUGACAUUGCGGGGCAAAUUGCUAUUGUAUUAAAAGGAAACCUGACUUUCUGAAGAAAUUGACACUAACAAUUUCAUCUCCCACACCUUCCCAUUAUUCAUAUUCUGCUGCUUAUAUCUAUAUUCUUGCUCUAGGCAAUGAAUCACUGCUGUCCUCAGAAGUCUCUGAUUACUUAUUUUCCCUUCUAAAAAAUUGUUUGACAAUGCUCACUCUAAUCUUCAGGAUCCUUGGUAUUGUUUUCUUCACUUUGAUCUUGCCAUUUCAUAUGUACACUGACCUCAGAAACUGUCCAAGGACAGCUAUCUUGUUAUUCUGCUUUUAAAUGAUUCUUUUCUUUAUUUCCAAAUUCUAUGUUAAAAGCCGCUCCUUCUUCCUCAAUUGAAUUGUAAAAUUUUCUGAGAUUGAUAAAACAGUCAAACUUCUCCCGCAUUCAGUCAUUCUGCAUGAAAUCAGACUACAGUCCUUUAAAAAAAAGUAAUAUUUUCUCUGCCAUAUAUUGAAGUGAUGCUCAUAUAUUCGUUAAUUUCCUUCCAUAAAAAAAUGAAAAAAACAUAAAUGGUUUAAAAUGUGCUUCAUAGUUCUAUUUUAUCAGCAGUAUUUUUCAAAGAUGAAUGGUAUUGUGAUGGCUUAUAGUACUGCUGCUUAGUCAACAUUUUUAAUUAAAGCUGUAGCAGAAGAAUUUAAGAGACUGACAUAGUGAUGCACAUAAAGCUGGUUAAAAUCUGAAAGAAAACUUUCUUAGUUACAGCACUAGCACUUACUUUCCAAAGACUGGACAUCUGCUCCUGAAUUAAAAGUUUCUCCUGUAAUUUUCUUCAUGAAGUGUUCUGCUUCAGCUUUUGUCACUUUUCCCUUUAAUGUUCUUGUCUUUCUCUGGAGUUAUUAGGGAUAUUGAACUGUUUUAUUUACUGUAGCUAAAACUCUCUUUUCCCUUUCAACUUGCUUUUGUCCUAAGCUUUGCUUUAGUUCUUUUUCUUUGCAAUGUUUCAGGAUGAAAUAUUUUGAACUCAGAGGCAUUUUCAUACUAUGGGCACAGCUGGAUGCCUUUUAUAAAUGAUGAGGAAUUCAGUUGUGCCAAGUUCUCCUAUUUCCAGUUACUUUGAAUUUUAUCAUAACUCAUAACUAACAGGUUACUUAAGCCCGAGUAGCUGGAGGCAAGUAACCGUGUGUGAAAUAAAAGUUUCUAGCUCCUGCUGCUACAAAGAACAUAUCAAAAAUAUGAUUUAAAUGCACGACAAAGCUCAAGACCUAGGUGAUGAAGACAAGGAAUCUCCAGAAGGAGAUGCAUGUUCUUGGUCUGUAUUCAAUCUUGUUGAAGAUCUUUGACCUGAAAUGUGGUUUAUAAACAUGGACUCAUCAUCAGAUGCAAGAUGUGGCUAUGGAGGCAGCUUAACAGCAAUGUUCCAAUGACAUAUUUAGCAGCUCCCUUGGCCUUUCCUUCUCCCAAAGUGAAGAAAAGAUCCAAUGAUGUGGAUCUUCUUGGGGAGCAAUAUUGCAAUCUUGUUUUGCUGCAUUUGCUGCUUCCUACAGGCUUAUGCAAAGAGUGAAUCUAGCCCAGCCUAUAAUCUGAGAUGCUUUGGGGAAAAAAAAAAACAACAAAACACUUUAAGAGUAAAACUUCCUUAAGAAUAUAAAUGAACUAAAGAAGCAAUUAUUGUUCACUCGUUCCCAUUUAACAAAUUGACAGUACAAUUUUUUUUUUUCUCACGGGGACUAAUAAUGAACAAAGCCCAGUAAAUUUUAAAUAUAUUUGCUAUCUGAAUUUCCUGACCAAACCAAUAUCUUUGCUGCCUAAUGGAUUUUUUUAGAGCUUACUACUACUUAGUCUCUAUUUCUGUUCAGGAUAGAAAAAUCACCAGAGCUCAGGUGGGAGACUUUGCAGUAAUGUGUUUGUAAUCAACAGAUUAGUUAAUCAGCCGUGAUUUAUUAAUCAUGAAUUAAUUAUACCUGAUUGUGCAGUUCUGCUGCCUAAAUGGAGCUUUAAAGGAGUUAUUUUAUUAAUCAUCAUUGUGCUAAUUGCAGACACUUACAGAAGGAUUGCUAAUUAAAUAUGCAACCAUAUGCAAAACAAGCAAGGCUGCUGAGAGUGGCAAGAAAAAGAACACUCAUUUUCUGAGUAGCAACUUUAUUCUCCUGAAAUACUGUGUAGUUGACCUGGUGAUCCUAAUAACUCACUAACACUUAUUUUAAUACAUUGCACAUUUUUAGUUAACAGCAACAGAAACUAAUUGUUGUGACAAAUAAAAUAAAAUAAUUUAGAA